CGCUGCAUCACACGAUCAAAAAGGAAACGAGGCGCCAAUUCCAGCUCAAGUCGCGGAAAUUCCACUCACUUUCCCUCUCGGAUCCCAGUCCUCUUUUCGCGAUCUUCCCACACAUCCUUUUUUCCCUCUCUUUUUCUGUUUCCCCUUUCCCGUCUUCUUAACGAUCCAACAAAAAUUGACUUCCCUGCCUCGCCUGCCCACCCACCUGCAGAGCCAGCCCAGCCCGUAUUCACGAAACAUUGUUACAGCCGCAGCAGCCGUUCUUUUCCCUCCUUCACCACCAACGACCGACCCCUUCCAACCACCACUUUUCCAACAUCGAGACCGAGACUUUCUGCCACUGUUUCUGUCUCGUACUCAGUACAUACCUGCUCAGGACCCUUUUGAGUGGGCCGCCCUGGACGAUACAACCUCUGUUUCUCUCACCUCACCUCUCACCUCAUCAAUCCCGUGCGGUCUGCCUGGUUAAUACCAUCAACCCACUACCACCCGCUAUCCACCCACCACAGGCCGUCCUCAACACGACCUCAGCCUCGCCCUGGUCUAUCUUCACUCGACCUUCGACGACGUGUGAUUGUUUUCGAUACACCAUCCAUAUCAGAGCUAGGCACACACAAGACACAGAACAAGUUGCCACCUCAUCUCAAAUCUAGAAAAUCGUUCCUAGCCUACAAGAACUACUAUGAAACUCAAUUCCUAGUCAUUCCUUGACAGCAUCACUGAUUGAAACAGGUUCCAUUUACGACCCUGCGCGACAAACAUUGAUUGCCGCAUCCCUCAGCCCUCCUCGACCUGCUCCCCCCGCAGCAGCAGCAACAAUCAACAAAUAAACCUACCUUGCGAGCUGCUCUCUCUCCGACAAAUCAAGUACGACACAACACAACCCGUCGGUUGAUUGAUUGACCAAAAGAAGAAAAACAUAUCAUUCCCUUCUCUUCUUGAAAAGAAGUGCGUCCAUUCAACAACGCAAUCCUUAAGCACUGCCAGUACAAAUCUUCGCACACGGGUCAGAGCGGUUGCUGCUAGACCCGUCAAAGAACUAUUUAAAUCGCACCCCUCCCUGUGACAAUCUCGACGCUCGCCCAUCACGGCCCAACUCAGGUGUCCAUCUGUUUCGGCUUCCUGUUCAGGCCUUGAUCUUCCUUACAAGACCAUUGAUUUCGCCAAGCGGUAGCACCACCAGACUUGGCAUUCAAGAUGGCACAGAACCGCCCCGCAGCGUUCAACAACCUGCGGAUGGGAGAGGUCAUCAAGGAGAAGGUGCAAGAUGGUGUUACCGGCGAGACGAGAGAACUCGCAUACACCCAAUGCAAGAUUGUUGGAAAUGGUUCCUUUGGUGUCGUUUUCCAAACCAAGCUGUCCCCUUCCAACGAGGACGCCGCGAUCAAGCGCGUCCUCCAGGACAAGCGAUUCAAGAAUCGUGAGCUGCAAAUCAUGCGCAUCGUUCGCCAUCCCAACAUCGUACAGUUGAAGGCGUUCUAUUACUCCAACGGCGAGCGCAAGGAUGAAGUGUAUCUCAACCUCGUCCAGGAGUACGUCCCUGAGACUGUCUACCGAGCCUCUCGAUUCUUCAACAAGAUGAAGACAACCAUGCCCAUCCUCGAGGUCAAGCUAUACAUCUACCAGCUCUUCCGAGCCCUGGCCUAUAUUCACUCCCAAGGCAUCUGCCAUCGUGAUAUCAAGCCACAGAAUCUCCUCCUCGAUCCCAACAGUGGCAUACUGAAGCUGUGCGAUUUCGGCAGCGCAAAGAUCCUGGUCGAGAAUGAGCCCAACGUCUCUUACAUUUGCUCGCGUUACUACCGGGCACCAGAGCUCAUCUUCGGUGCCACUAACUACACCACCAAGAUUGAUGUGUGGUCUACUGGUUGCGUCAUGGCUGAGUUGAUGCUGGGUCAGCCUCUGUUCCCUGGCGAGUCUGGCAUCGAUCAAUUGGUGGAGAUCAUCAAGGUUUUGGGUACGCCCACGCGCGAACAGAUCCGAACCAUGAACCCAAACUACAUGGAGCACAAGUUCCCCCAGAUCAAGCCUCAUCCCUUCAGCAAGGUCUUCCGGAAGGCCGACGCGAAUGCGAUCGACCUGAUCAGCAAGCUGCUCGAGUAUACCCCGACCGAGCGUCUCAGCGCAAUCGAUGCGAUGGUCCACCCCUUCUUCGACGAGCUGCGCGACCCGAACACCAAAUUCCCUGAUUCCAGGCACCAAACUGGCCAGCUGAAGGAUCUGCCUCCACUGUUCAACUUCAAUCGACAUGAACUGUCUAUCGCCCCCGCACUGAACGACAGACUGGUACCCCCUCACGUUAGGGAUGAAUUGAAAGCCAAGGGGCUUGACAUGUUCAACUUCGUACCUCUGUCCAAGGACGAGAUGAUGGCAAAGCUUGAUUGA